AUGUCUGAAUAUUGCUCGGUGUGUGUUGACCUCGGUGGUCGACCCCAAAGAGGUCCGAAGUUCAUCUGUAUGGUGUGCAAGAAAUCCUUGCACGCUAAAUGUUCUAAUUUAUCAGCCGAUGCCGAAAAAAUUUUAUCGAUACCAGGGAUUCCAUGGAGAUGCCCAAGCUGCUCUAAUUCCGAGGUUGCUUCUAAUGGGAAUACUGAUGGAAGCAGUAAUGAGAGUUUCAAUAUGAUUUUGAAAAAACUUGAUAAGCUGGAUAAAAUUGAACAAAACAUUACUGAUUUAAAGACAUCUCACGAUGAUGUUCUGAAAUUCGUUAAUUUUUGCAGUGAUAAAAUUGACGAAUUCACAGUCAAGAUGAAAGAUUUUGAAAAUGAUUUCAAAGAUAUAAAAGGUGCAAAAAGUCAAAUUAAAAAUUUGCAAGAUGAUAAUAAUAAGCUUAUGAGAGAAAUUGGAAACCUACAACAAUACUCGAGGAUUAAUAAUGUUGAAAUUAGUGGAUUGCCAGAAAUUAAAGAUGAAAAUUUAAUAGAAAUCAUUGAGAAGUUGAUGCAAGUUCUGGGAUGCAAUAUCAACAGAGAUUCUAUUGAUGGAUGUCAUAGGAUAGCUCAUUUCAAUUUGGCAAAUAAAAAACCACGGAAUGUCAUCGUAAAAUUCUCUCGUCAUCAAUACAAGGAUGAAGUUUUAGCUGCAAUCCGUAAGAGAAAAUUAAUUGAAUCAACAGAUCUUGACCCUCGCUACAUUCCAUCCAGUAAAAUCUACCUAAAUGAACAUCUAACCAAAAUGAACAAAGAUUUGUUCAAAAAUGUAAGAGAAUAUUGUAGAGGUAAACAUUUCUUAUAUUAUUGGACAAGAGACUGUAAAAUUUAUGUGAGAAAUACCACUACUUCCAAGACUACUCUCAUACAAGAAGAGAACGAUUUAAAUAAAAUUCAAACAUAG